CCUACUAACUCAACACACCCAAAAAAUAAAAAAUAAAACAACGUUCGUCGUCUUCUUCUUCAUCUUCUUCCCCUUCUCAACUCUCAAUCCACCUCUGAAAAUCCAAACAUUUCUCUCUCUCCAUCUCUCUCUCUCUCUCUCUCACACAGAGAACAAUGAGGCACAACAAACACAGCACAGAGGCCACCGAGUCUCGAUUCUUAGGAACCAUAUCCGCCUCCUCCAUUCGAAACCUCCUUCCCAGAUCUCUCUCCAAACACUCCAAAUCCACCUCCAAAUCCAACGCAGAGAACACUCCGCCCUCCGAUCCCAACGUCCCCACCGUCCAUUCCCUUUCCUCCACCAUUAAAUCUCCACCGUCCAAGCCACAGGAUGAGAUUGUCAGAUCGGACGGUCCAUCUGAAGUAUCAGCGCCACCAGAUCCACCGGUGAAGGAUGAGAUUGUCAGAUCGGACGGUCCAGAUGAAGUGUCGGCGCCUCCAGAUCCACCGGUGAAGGUUGUGGUGAGGAUUAGGCCUGUUAAUCAGGCGGAUCAGGUGGUUAAGAAGGUCUCAUCCGACACAUUGUCGGUCGAGGAUCGGAAAUUUAGCUUUGAUUCGGUGAUUGAUUCGAAUGCAAAGCAGGAAGAUGUGUUCCAGUUAGUUGGAGUGCCUUUGGUGAAAAAUGCAUUAGCUGGUUACAAUGCUUCAAUUUUGUCAUAUGGACAGACUGGAAGUGGAAAGACUUACACGAUGUGGGGUCCGCCUAGUGCAAUGGUUGAGGAUCCUUCAGCCAGUAGUCACCAGGGAAUUGUUCCUCGGAUUUUCCAAAUGUUGUUCACCGAGAUUCAGAAAGAGCAAGAGAACUCAGAAGGGAAGCAGAUAAAUUUUCAGUGCCGAUGCUCUUUUCUUGAGAUAUACAAUGAGCAAAUUGGGGAUUUACUUGACCCAAUCCAGAGAAACCUUGAGAUAAAAGAUGAUGCAAAAAAUGGAUUGUAUGUUGAGAAUUUGACUGAGGAAUAUGUGACUAGCUACGAGGAUGUGACACAAAUCCUGAUCAAGGGGCUUUCUAGUAGAAAAGUUGGAGCAACUAGCUUAAAUUCUAAGAGCUCGAGAUCCCAUAUUGUUUUUACUUUCAUCGUUGAGUCAUGGUGCAAGGGAACCUCAUCUAAAUGUUUUAAUAGUUCAAAAACAAGCAGAAUCACCCUUGUUGAUCUAGCUGGACUUGAUAGAAAUAAAGUUGAUGAUGCGGGCAGACAAGGUGUGAAGGAAGGCAAACAUGUGAAGAAGUCCUUAUCACAACUUGGGCACUUGGUUAAUAUUCUUGCAAAGGCUGCUCAGUCUGGAAAUUUUGAAGAUAUUACAUAUAGAGGUUCCUGUUUAACACAUUUACUGCAAGAAUCACUUGGUGGCAAUUCAAAACUGACGGUUCUCUGUGCCAUCUCACCAGAAAACAAAAAUAGUGGUGAUACACUAAGAACUCUCAGAUUUGGACAACGAGUAAAAUUCAUUAGAAAUGAGCCUGUAAUAAAUGAAAUCACAGAGGAUGAUGUUAAUGGUCUCAGUGAUCAAAUUCGUCAGUUGAAGGAGGAACUUAUAAGAGCAAAGUCUAGUAAAUCAGUAGGAAAUCAAAAUGGAUAUUUUCAAGGGCGUAAUGUACGUGAAAGCUUGAAUCAAUUGAGAGUAAGCCUUAACCGCUCUUUGAUUCUACCCCCCAUAGAUAAUGACUCUGAUGAAGAGGUAAAUGUUGAUGAGGAUGAUGUAAGGGAGAUUCGUCAGCAUCUAGAUAAGUUGCAUAGCUCUUCUGAAGACAAUAUUAGAGACAAGCCUGUUAGUAGGGAUUCCAUCCAGUUUUAUUCAAUGGAGGAAAGUGGUGAAACAGACUUGAUGAGUGAAGUAAGUAUGACUGAAGAAGUCUGUAUGGAAGAACCUUGGAAUGAACUUCCUCAGAUGGCCAAUGAUUCUAUGGAAGACAAUUUUGUAAGUGCUGCUAACACCUUAACAGCUUCUGGUCCUGCAACCAGAAGGAGCAUUUCAAUUAGCUCAUGCUGUCAGUCCCCACUCCUCCAAGACCCACCAUUGUCUGAAUCUCCAAAAAUUGGAAAUAUACAAAGGAAAAGCAUGAAUAUAUCAUCAUCAAGUCAUUUAGUAAGUCAGAACAGUGUGUCAGAAAGUUCCAAGUUCAACUUGGAUGUUUUAAGACGGUCACUUAAACAGAGUGAGCAGGUCCAUUCUUCUUUGCGGUCAAGCAAGACAUUUGCUGGCCCUGCUGAGAACUUGGCUGCUAGCCUUCACAGAGGCUUACAGAUUAUUGACUAUCACCAACGGAACUCUGCAUCAAAAAAAUCUUCAGUUUCCUUCUCCUUUGAGCACUUGAAAUUGGAACCUUGUGCAGAAAUUGAUAAGGCCAACGCUUCUGUUCAGACACUACCAGAAGAGAGACCAUCUUCAAAUGGACCAUCUGCUUCUUUCCUUUGUACAUCUUGCCAACGAAGAAUAUCUAAGAAGGAUUCCAAUGAGGUUAAGGAUAGCUUGAAGACAUGGAUUGUAGAAGUGGAUGAGGCAGAGAAUCCUACUCAAUUGACAGAUGAAGUGCCUAAAGAUGCAGGCAAUGCUAUGAUAAAAGGUCUUAAGCGAGAGGAACUUGAAAACAUGUGUAUGGAGCAAGCUGCUAAAAUUGAGCAGUUGAAUCGACAGGUAGAACAGUACAUACUGAUGGAAGAAGAACACAGUCAAGAAAUUAAUAAACUUCACCUUGAGGCUUCAAAGAAUGAAAUAGUUCCAUUUAAGGAUUCCAAGAAUGAUGAUUAUCAUUCACUGAGGGGUGAAGACAAGCUUCUAAGGUACAAUUCUGUUGAAAAUUAUCAGCCGGAGAUUAUAAAGGAAAAAUGUGAAAUAAAGGAAGUUGUGGAAGCUGGGACUGGGAACCAAUAUUUUGAUCUGAAUGAGAAGGAAGCACUUCUUAAGGAAAUUGAAAGUUUAAAAAGCAAGUUGCAGUCAUAUUCUGAUCCAUCUUCUAACAAGUCUACCGAAAAAUUGAGAUCCUCUUUGUUGUCACGAUCAUCAAUUACUAGAUCAAAUCGAUUGGAUCUUAACUGAUGAACUUUAAUUGAAUCCCACCGUCGACGUGCAGAGAAGCUGGAGAUGGAGUUGACAUUAGAGAAGAAGUGCACUUCGGAGUUGGAUGAUGUACUUCACAGAUCAGUCCUUGGGCAUGCUAGAAUGGUUGAACACUAUGCUGAACUACAGGAGAAGUACAAUGACUUGGUUGGAAAGCAUCGUGCAAUCAUGGAAGGGAUAGCAGAAGUGAAGAGGGCAGCUGCAAAGGCAGGGAAAAAAGGUCAUGGCUCUCGUUUUGCAAAAUCCCUUGCUGCAGAGCUUUCUACAUUGAGGGUGGAAAGGGAGAGGGAGAGAGAAUUGUUGAAAAAGGAGAACAAGAGUCUUAGAAUUCAACUUAGAGACACUGCAGAAGCUGUUCAUGCUGCUGGAGAACUCCUUGUUAGGUUGAGAGAAGCUGAGCAAGUAGCAUCAGUUGCAGAGGACAACUUUACAAAGGUUCAACAAGACAAUGAAACGUUAAAGAAGCAAGUGGAGAAGCUCAAAAGAAAACACAAGAUGGAGAUGGUCACCAUGAAGCAGUAUCUUGCAGAGAGCAGAUUGCCUGAAUCUGCAUUGCAACCACUAUAUCGACAGGAUUCAGAUGUAGCACACAACACCACAAUCCCAUAUGCAGAUGAUGAUCAGGCAUGGAGAGCAGAGUUUGGAGCAAUAUAUCAAGAGCACUACUAAUUCUCCUUGUGAAGUUAAAAUCGGCUCUUGAGAAUUGGAGGUGAUGAAUAUUGUUGUGUGGCAAUGGCAGUGCUUAGCCGUAAAUCUGCUGAGGGGCUUGCAUCAUUCCAACCCUACUUGGGUCGAAGCGAUAUACGAUUCUUGUGUCUUUCAUUUGUUGUCUUUAAUUUCCUUUUAUUCUUUUAAUGGUUGGCGUGAUUAUGUGUAGAAGAAUGUGUUCAUCUUUGUUGACUCUGGAUGAUAAUGGAUGCAAUUGAAUGUUCAUUCUUUAGUGAAAA